AUGUUCUUUUCAGAUGCCAGUCAUUGUCAUAAGUGUCCAGAAGAUCAACAUCCAAACAAGAUCAGAAAUCAGUGUGUUCCCAAGCAUAUCACCUUCCUGUCCUAUGAAGAACCUUUGGGGAUCAUCCUAAAUGUUCUCACUAUUUUCUUCAUCCUAGUUGCGAGUUCUGUUUUGGGAAUUUUCAUUAAAUACUUAGAAACUCCAGUGGUCAAAGCCAACAAUCGGGACCUCUCCUACAUUCUCCUCAUCUCCCUCCUACUUUCAUUUCUCUCUUCUUUUCUAUUCAUUGGUAAACCCCAGAAGGUGACCUGCCUUCUCCGACAAACUGCCUUCAGCAUCAUCUUCUCCAUUGCCGUCUCUUCGGUAUUGGCCAAAACUGUCACAGUGGUGGUGGCCUUCAUGGCUUCAAAGCCUGGGAGCAGGAUGAGGAAAUGGCUGGGGAAGAGCUUGGCCAACUUCAUUGUCUUUUUCUGUUCCAGUAUUCAAGUGGGCAUCUGCACUCUCUGGCUGGGUAUCUCUCCCCCCUUCCCAGACUCUGACAUGUACUCCCAGUCAGGAGAGAUCAUACUGCAAUGUAAUGAGGGGUCUGUCGCCAUGUUUUAUGCUGCCCUGGGCUACAUGGGCUUUCUGGCUGCCAUCUGCUUCACUGUGGCUUUCCUAGCCAGGAAGCUGCCUGGGGCGUUCAAUGAAGCCAAGCUGAUCACCUUCAGCAUGCUGGUGUUCUGCAGUGUUUGGGUGUCCUUUGUGCCCUCCUACCUGAGCACGAAGGGGAAAUACAUGGUGGCUGUGCAGGUCUUCUCUAUCCUGGCCUCCAGUCUGGGCUUACUGGGCUGCAUCUUUCUUCCCAAAUGCUACAUUAUUAUACUGAGACCUCAUCUGAAUACCAAGGAGCAGCUAAUGAUGAAACAAAAAGAUGGGUUCAGAUUUUGA